AUUUUGCGGUCUGCACAGCUGAUUACUGUUUUCUUUUGAGCAACUUUACUUUUUGUAGUAAAAAUACAUUAAAAAUAUUUCAUAUGGUGCUGAUUUCGCGAGGCAUUAAAUCUAUGCAAAAUAUAUUACGAUUGGGUUCCCUGAAUGUUACAAGGAAGAUGUCGUCAGUACCAGGAGUAGUGGAAAGUACAAUUCGAAGCAAGCUGCAGUCGGCUUUAGAAGCGAAACAUCUGGAUGUUAUAAACGAGUCGUACAUGCAUAAUGUGCCUAAAGGCGCGGAGACGCACUUCAAAGUUGUAGUCGUAUCUGAUAAAUUCGACGGCUUGCCAUUGAUCAAGCGACACAGACUAGUAAAUGACCUUCUCAAAGAAGAACUGCAGACCGGAGUCCAUGCUUUAUCCAUCGUAGCCAAGACACCAACGCAAUGGGACGAAAGUGACAAAGUGGUGGAGAGCAGUCCUAACUGCAGAGGUGGUUUUGGGAAAUAAUAGAUUGAAACACCAACUUUGUCUAGAAAUUGAGCUGAUGGAAUAGUCAAACGUCUUAAAUUGCAAUUUACAGUAGGUAUCGACAUCGAGUAUCAAAAUAGGUUUGUUUUUAGCGCAAGUGUGUUGGGGGC